UAGAUACUGUACCUUAUGUGAUGAGUACUGUGACGGAAAACAAGGUGGAGCUGGCGGUCGAAGGCAGUCCGGCCAAGAUCGAAGUGACGUCACCGCCCCCCAUGGAGAACGGAGGCAGCGAGGAGAUCCUCAAGUCGGGCGACAAACUGGAGAUCGAGGACGAGGAGCGCGUCAAGAUGCUCAACGAGGAGAACAAGGUGGUGGGGGGUGGAGGCGGUGGAGGGGAGGUGGAGAAAAAGAAGAAGGCUCUGGAGGAGGCGGUGAAGGAGGACGGCAAGCGGAGGAUACCGAUUGGUGCCAUCCGGAUACCCGGGUUUCUGCGCAGUCGCAGUCGUGACAAGAAUCGGGAGGGAGAAGACAACGAAGAAGGAUCGGAUCUUCUGGAGCCACCCUGUACGGCUGUUACUGUGGGACCCGAGGCGCCAGCCAAUAAUUCCAACAAAUUGGCCAGACUCUCCAAGCUCAAAUUCUCCAAUCCUUUCAGCAAAAAAUCCAAGAGCAAGGAAGAGGAUAAGACUGAUCUGCAGCCGAACAGCCCAGACGAUGUGAAGAGCCCAACCGAGGGGGAGCGGGAGGGAAGGGCCAAGGGUCUCAUCAAUGCCAUCAAGCUGCCAUUGGUCAACGUAAUUCCCAAAAAACUCAAAUCUGCCAAGGACAGGGAUGUUGAGGACGGCAGGGGAGGAACUCCGGGCCCCCAGGCGGGUCUGGCGUCCAUGGAGACACUCGAUGACAGCAACGGAUCACACAAGGUGGACGAUGAGAAGAAGGAUGAAGCCGAAAUGGAAACUGUCAAACUGGACAUCGGAACUGACAAUAAUGGUGGAUUUGAAACAGAGAAGCCAGCUUUGAGCGACGAAGACGAAGAGCAUUCCAAGUGGGACAUUCCCGAGUGCUGUAGACGGUCGGCCAUUGUCCAGAGAAUCACCGAGUAUCAGACGCUUGGAGUUAUAGUACUCGUGUUCCUGUUCAUGAUAGUUUUCAUCCUGGUGUCUCUGCUGUUCUUUGGAGGUUCCCGGCCUCCGACCAAUGCUCCAAUCUACAACGGAAAAUAUGUCAAGGCCGUCACCAGCUGUGGAAAUGUUGAAGGAAUGCUGGAAGAAGGUGUGUUCGCGUUCAGAGGCAUUCCGUACGCUCUGCCGCCAGUCGACGAGUUGCGCUGGAAGCCACCCAAGGCGUUCGACCUGAACACGUGCUGGAACGACACGUUUCGCGCCCACAACUCGUCGGCGCACUGCUGGCAACGCUACAACAACGCAUCCGUCAACGGGGCGGAGGACUGUCUCACCCUCGACGUGUUCACGCCAUAUGUGCGGUAUCACUCGCCCCUGCCGGUAGUGGUGCUAGUAGGCAGCGACACACUGGCAGGCGGUUCACCGGGCCAGGUGGUUGCGUCGCCGCGCAUCGCUCGUAACAAGGAGCUGGUGCUGGUGCGACCCAACUUCCGCCUCGGGCCACUCGGCUUCCUGGCGGCGCGACCGCUCACCACGGCCACGCAUCCGCCCACUUCCGGCAACUACGGCCUGCACGACUUGAUCGCCGCACUAAAAUGGGUGCAGCUCAACGCCGAGCACUUUGGAGGUGAUCGCCAGCAGGUCACUGUGUUGGCGCAUCGCGGAGGUGCGACGCUGGUCGCGGCGCUCACUGCUAUACGCAAGCCUGAGAAACUAUUUGCCCGUGCUUGGCUGUCGAGUGGAUCUGCAGUCUUUCCCGACGAACCACUCAUCGACUCUGAGAACAGAAACCGACAAUAUCUGGAGAAAUUGAAGUGCGAUCAUUACGGAUCUCUCAAGUGUCUCCUCGAUCAAGACAUGGAAGAGCUGACCGACCAGGUGCCGUUGGAAUGGUGGUACAAGGCGGCCGAACUGCCGACCGCGGAGGAGAACAUGACCGCUGUCCACCAAUGGCUGGUGACCGACGGGAAAAUCAUCAAGGAGCAUCCGAGUCACGUCUGGGCCAAGGAACCGCUCAAGAUACAACUCGUUUUCGGAACAACGGCGCACGCUGAAGCCAGCUUGGAUCUGAAGCGCAAGAGCGCGGAGUGGAACGUUGAGGAUGUGGCUCUGAUGGUGCGGAGCAGUGUGCUGUCCGGCCUGGGAUUGGCUGAGGAGGCGCUGCGUCGCUACAACACCACCUACCCGGGUCUGGCCGCCAUGGUUUCCGACAUUCGCACCGUUUGUCCCCUCCUCACAGUCGCCAAGCAGAUACAGGGUGCCGGCUUCUACGUUGUUACUCAGACCCACGACGAUGACAUGGUCGAUCCUGACGCGGAUAUCAAAGCAAUCCUGGGCCACUACCCGACGCGCACGCCCGAGGAGCGUCGCUACGUCACUUCCAUUCAGCAGAUGUUCUAUCGGUACGUAGCGCACGGCACAUUCGACACGAUUCCCUCGGACGCCAGCCAGAACCGACUCAUCAUGCUGGGCCAAGACCCUCUGCCCGCCAUCGAGUAUCCCAACUGUGACUACUGGGUUAGCAAGGACAUUGUGCCCAAAUAUGCCCGCGUCCACUAGGCGAGCAAUGUGGCUUCAACCUAACCCAAUCUCGUUCUAUCUAUUUGAAAAAUAAUUCUCAGAUGACAUUCUUCUUAAUAUACCGUAACCGUACCAACCCAGGUCCACUAAAUUCGGAUGACGAGCAAUUUGGCUUCAAGAUAACUCAAUCUCAUUCUAUGUAUUUGAAAAAGAAUUAUGAUAUUCUCCCUCAUAUGAUACUCUUUCUUAAUAUACCAACACAGGUUGGGGACAAGGAGAAGGAACACAUAAUAAUAAGUCAAAAAGAAUUAUGAUAUUCUUCCUCAUAUGAUACUCUUUCUUAAUAUACCAACACAGGUUGGGGACAAGGAGAAGGAACACAUAAUAAUAAGUCUAUCAUAGAAGACACAGUGAGGUUGAGAUUAUGAAAGAGAACAUCUUGUGUUAGAAGAAAAAGGAAAAUCUAUGAUAAGUCUAUCUAUAAUAAUUAUGAUCUAUGGUAAGUUCAUUAUCGAUUUGUAAGCCUUUGAAGGUGGAAGGAAAGAGAGAGUUCGUUGAAGAUUUAUUUCACUUGAUCUACUUGAGUUGUUUGUGAAGCAACCGAAUUUGUUCAAGUCUACUAAACAACUUGAUGUGUCAUGUUUUAAUGGUAAGUGUACUAUUUGUUUGUAAAGCUUUUAAAUGAGUAAGGAAAGGAGUUCUCUGACGAUCGAUUUUACUUCAUCUUCGAGUUGUUUGUAAGCAACAAAGUGUCUAGAACUUUUCAAGUCUAUUAUACAAUUUGAUCUAUCAUGUUUUAAUGGUGAUUUUACUAUUCAAUUGAUUUUUAAAGCAGUUGCAGAGAAGGAUGAAAAUGUGUUGGAAAUGUUUUUUUCUAUGAAUUAUUGAUUAAUCUCUCUGUUAUACUUGAUCUACCAUAUUUUAAUGGCAAGUUUCAAAUUGAUUUUGAACCUACUGGAAGAGGAUAGUUUGAAUAUUUCAUAAUUGACGAAUCAUGUUCGAUGUUGGUAAGAGAAGAGAUAUAUUAUUUGAUUUGUCCAAAAAGUAACUGGAGAAGGAGAUAAAUCUGUCAUACUUGAAGCAUUAUAUCAUGUUAUGUUCACAAAAAUUGAUUUGUGAAGUGUCAAUGUAAUCAAGAUCCAAAUUUUUUUUCCAUUACAUUAAAUAUUGCAUUUUAAUCGAUGAUGGAGUGAGUAAGGAGGUUGUUAGUUCACAUCGUACUCUGUCAGUAUGUUUUAUAUUAAGAUAGCAGAAUGAGCAAAUUAUUCAUGCAUCUUAUCUCUUGAGAAGUAAUUUAUUGUAUCUGUUAAUCAAUUCUCAGACUCCUGCGUUUUAUUUCUAUUCUAUCACUAACUAAUGUAUUAUCAGUGUUUCAUUUCAAACGCGAUCAAUUAUUGACAAUUUUACAGUCCAACUUUAUGACCUCUAUAUCGCAAUGUGUAAAUAAUAAUUGUUUAAUGUAUGAACAUUUAUGACAAUUUUAUUGCAAAAACGUGAUGGAAUUGAAUCAAUUAGGUGAGUUUUCUUCAUGAGUAAUGCUAAUGCUUAACGAGCAAUGCUAAAUUAUUGUAAUGAGCUCUUAUGAGAUCACUCUCAUAAAUGAUUCAUUAUGAUGUAUGAUAGGAUGGAUUAGACGGGAGAAUUAUAACCUCUGAGGUUGAGAUUAUCAAAGAGAACAUCUUGUUUUAUGUAUUUGAAAAAUAAUUCUCAGAUACUCUUGCAAGAGUCUAGUAGCAGGACUAUGUUAAAUUCUGAUCACAGGCUUUGACAGCCCUUGAUGUUUUGAAAUCCUUGCAAAUCUUUUGAAAAACUCACGACAAAGGAAAUUUAAUUUGAUAAACUGUUUUUAUCUCCAGAGAAAGUAUUUUCUCAUUUUAUACUCUCUAUUAGAAAUAGUUUUGUGAAGAAUAUUUUUUUGAAGGUACUGUAUUUUCUAAAUACAUUAGAGAUUUGCAAAAGUAUUUUUAUUUAUGGAAUGACUGAUAUUACAAGAUAUCAAGUAGUGAAGUGGGUGUCUAUUACUAAUUUCGAAUAUAAUAAAUAUACUGUAAUACCAAAUAGAUGAAGGGAUAGAUAAUAAUUAUAGUUUGGAAUCAGAAAAUGAUUUUGAAAACAUUAGAUUUUGAUGUUAGUCAACAUAUUAUCAACCCGAUUUUCUUAACACUCAGAAUCAGCUUUUUGUAUCUUGAACCCAAAUAUUUUAUAACAUAACUUUUUGAUGUUUGUAAUUUUAUUCAAAUCAGAUAAAACAUUUCUAUUUUAAAGUGAUAAAACAUUGACUCAACAUUCGUAGCUGGUAACAUAUUUCGUAAAAAGGUAAUAUCGAUUGAAGAAGACAUUUACUAUAAUGAAUAUCUCAUAAUCCACAAUGAUUAAUCUCAUGUUAUAUUAUACACGAAUGAUCUAUUGAUAUCCUCAAACUAGUUUAUUAUCACUUGUAUGUGUAAAUGUAUAUAGUUUAGUGAUAAGCCUGUGUGAGCUCUCUUUAAUGUAUAUUUUAUUAUAUUAUAGCUUUGAGAUAUCUUGCCAAGGUUAUUUGCCAAGCAUAUGUGUAAAGUGUAAUUGUCUAAUUAGGUGUGUUACCAUAUUUGCUAUGGCUUUUUCUGUACAAUAUUCUUCUAAUAGGAACUCAGUCCAUGGCAGACUAUCUACUAAUUAGUUGAAAAAAUCCUGCUUCUUCAAAGUUCUAAAGGAAUUGAAGGAUUCCAAAUGUGAUUUAUUGAUUUUUGAGGAUUCAUUAUCACCUCAGUUGCUUAAUAAUUGAUAAUGUCAGUAUGAAGUAACAGGAGAAAAUCAGUUAUCUUUCAAUUGACCAUAUAAUAACUUUUGAACUAUCAGUUUUAAAGGUAAGGUCACCUUAGGAGACCUAAAGGUAAAGGUCAAUGAAUGAAGAUAUUUAUUUCAAAAUGACAUUGAUUGUAGUCAACUAAAGCUGAGCAAGUGCUCAUACUGAAGUCUUGUAAAUAUAAGUUCUAUUUUAGGUUUAGUUUUGUAUAAUUUUCAAUGUGAAUUAGUUGUUUUCUAUUAAAUUAGUCCACUACUAUUUUUAAAGUUUUCAUAUUUAUGUUAUAUGAGGUGACCAAUUAACAAAUUUUUGAGAGAUAAUAAAAUGCUCAAAUAUUUGUAUAUAUCAUGUUUAAAAUUCCAUUAUUCAAAAUAUAUAAAUUCAGCUUCCGUUUCAGCGAAGUAAGUAAUUACUGAUUAAAAACAAUCAUGAGCUGUAUUGCAUAUAUUGAAUUUGUAUUGGAAAUAUCAAUUACAUCCUAUUUUAGAAUAAUAUUCCCCUUAUUUGUAACUGAAAUAGAAAUUUAUGACUUAAAAAUCAUUACCUAUCAGAAAGUUUACAACAUAAAAAGAAACUAUUAUGAAGUGUUCAUUCAAAUUUAACCAAAGUCGAAAAUCAGGGGCACAUCCAGUUACAAUUAUACAAUAGAUGGUAGUUUAAUUUUAGUAAUGAAAAGACUUUUCCAUUAUAGUAUAUUAUGCCAAAUUUUCUAUAACCAUAUUAUAUGUUCUUAUUGAUAUCAAACAUUUGAUACAACGAUUUCUACUCUUAUAUUAUUUUGCUAAGAUUGGAGUGAAAUGAAGAGGUAAAUUAUUUGAUACAGGACAAGGUUCACAUUUGUGAAUAGGAUUUUGAAAAAGAUGAAUUUCCGAGACUUUGUAGGAAGACUGCUUUUAUAAGGAUUUAAGUGAAUCAGAACUGUGGAGGGAUCGAAUUUGAGAUCCUUAGAUGUAGGUUUUGUAUAACAUGAUCAACAUAGGUUUAAUAGUUGAAAUACAUUUCAAUGAUUGCCAAAAAUUGAGCCAUGAUAAAUUUAAUAACCUACCGCGCGUAUUUUUUAAAUUUCUCAACAGAUUCAUGUUAAUCUGAAUUACUUUUUAUUAAGUUGAAUCGACGUUGGAUGUCUUCUACAACUAUAAUUUACAUUUUUAUUUUGUAUGUGAUAUUUUCAAAAAAAUGUAUGUAUUUCAUGUGGAUAUUUCUAACAGUAUUGAAAAUAAGAAUUGUUAGAAUGCAGCUUUCUGGAACCGUACUAAUAAUUUUUCAAGUUCUGUUUAAUACAUUUUAAACAGUGGAAUUACUCAAUACCUGAUCUAAUUUCUUCAUAAGAUAAAAUGAAUUUACUAUAUUCUCUACAUACUCUGUUUGAUAAACAAUUAUUCAAUUUUUCUAUGAAAAAUAUUUGAUGUCGCUUUGAGGUAAUAAGUUUUUUUAAAGCCAUAAAUUAGACAUUUUCUUCAAUAAGUGGAAGUGAAAGCCAAACUGUUGAAAAUCUAAUAGUAAAGAAAAGAUCUCAUUUGUCAAACAACUUGGACCAACUAUGGAAUCCUCAGUAUUAUGACAUUUUCAAUUUUGUAACUUUCUUUUGUAAUCAGUAUUUUUGUAAAUACACGCUUGAUGUAAGAUUAUUUUUAGUGGAUAUUUCUGAUGUUACUUAAUAAAUAAAAUUUGAGAUUGGAAAAA